AUGAGAAAGAAAAUAGAGAAAACAAAAAAAAAACCUUGGACUGAUUAUGAAGACACUCAAGUUAUGUAAUUGGUAGAGUAGUAUGGUCCUCAUAAAUGGACUUUUAUAGCUUCCAAAUUACCAGGAAGGAUUGGAAAAUAAUGUAGAGAGAGAUGGCAUAAUCAUUUGAAUCCUUUAAUUAAAAAGAAUCCAUGGGAUUCCAGUGAGGAGUGGCUCCUUUUCUUGUAUCAUAAAGCAAUAAGCAAUAAAUGGGCAGAAAUUGCUAAGCAUCUAGAAGGAAGAACAGACAACGCCAUAAAGAAUCAUUGGAAUUCUGGAAUGAAAAAAAGAAUCCCGGAAUUCACAGAUAAAUUAUUAGGAAUAAAAUAAUAGUUUCUCUAAAAAGGGUUGCCUUCUUACUUUGAUCAAUUUGAGGUUGAGUUUGAAAGAAAAGCUUUAGAAAUCAUCUUUCUCAAUAAAACCUAUGUAAGUCUACUCACAGAUUCCGAAGACGAAGAUGAAGAACCUAAAAAAUAACCAAUCUAAUAAAGUAGAGAGAGCACAGCCAUUAGAAUCUAAUAAUAUGUAGAUAAUAAUUUAAUAUUCUCAUAGAAUGAUAUGAGAAAUAGAACUAUUAUUAAGCAUCCUAGAAGAAAUAGAAUGCAUAAAAAAAAGAAAAUAAUAAUUCAAAUAAAGAGAAACUUUUUAUAAUGGACACACACACCUUAGAAAUAUGAAAAUGAUGAUUAUUAUUAUACACCUGCUGCAUUUAAUAAAUAAAGAAGAAUGAGUAGCAGUCUUAAAUAUAGUUAGCUUCAAAGCUAUGUAAAUGAGAGCAUAUAACAAUAGUUUAACGAAUCUUACAUUGAAAGGGAAGAACUAAAGCAAAAUUUAUUCCUUUGA